GGUCUUGCUUCCUCCCGGUCCUGCCAAUGAGGAUUUUUAGACCGUGGAGACUACGCUGCCCUGCCCUGCACUUGCCCUCAUUCCCCACAUUCUCUCUAAAGUGGAGCUUGCCUUCGCUCGCCCCCGACGAGGACAUGUGUAAGAGUGUGACCACAGGUGAGUGGAAGAAGGUCUUCUAUGAGAAGAUGGAGGAGGCGAAGCCAGCUGAUAGCUGGGACUUCAUCAUAGACCCCAACCUCAAGCACAAUGUGUUGGCCCCUGGCUGGAAGCAGUACCUGGAACUUCAUGCCUCAGGCAGGUUCCACUGCUCCUGGUGCUGGCACACCUGGCAGUCGCCCCAUGUAGUCAUCCUCUUCCACAUGUACCUGGACCGUGCCCAGCGGGCUGGUUCUGUGCGCAUGCGCGUGUUCAAGCAGCUGUGCUACGAGUGCGGCACAGCACGGCUGGACGAGUCCAGCAUGCUGGAGGAGAACAUCGAAAGCCUGGUGGACAACCUCAUCACCAGCCUACGCGAGCAGUGCUACGGGGAGCGCGGGGGCCACUAUCGCAUCCACGUGGCCAGCCGCCAGGACAACCGGCGACACCGUGGCGAGUUCUGCGAGGCCUGCCAGGAAGGCAUCGUGCACUGGAAGCCCAGCGAGAAGCUGCUGGAGGAGGAGGCGAACACCUACACCUUCUCCCGUGCGCCCAGCCCCACCAAGCCACAGGCCGAAGCCGGCUCAGGCUGCAACUUCUGCUCCAUCCCCUGGUGCUUAUUUUGGGCUACCGUCCUGCUGCUCAUAAUCUACCUGCAAUUCUCCUUCCGUAGUUCUUUCUAAGAUU